AUGUCGCCUACACCUGUUGCUCGCGCGCGGGGCUCCCCUGGCGGCGGCGCUCGCUGCUACUCGUCUCGGUGUCUGGCGCGUGAGCAGAGCCCUUGUGAUUCUCUGACAGGUCUCUUGUGCGUAGCUGCUGCCAUUCUCCUUCAACGGACGUGUACUGAGGAGUGUCUCAGUCAGUCCUUCCGCUUCUUCCUGGCGCGAACUCGGCCUCCGCCUCCGCCGGCCCGCAGGUCUCCGCCCGGCUGCGAGUCAUGGCGCGCCCGGGAGAGCGACGGCGGCCCUGCUGCUUCUGCUUGCGGUCGCGUCGCAGGGACUGACCUCGGAGGUGGGUCGGACGUCGUUGCGGGACGCUCCGUCGGUGGGGGGGGGGGAGGUGGAAAUGAGAGGAGUCAAAUUGAGAUAGCUAGCCUCUUGUAUAGGUACAAGAAUGAUGAAACUAUCAAACGCCUAUUAGAGCCAGCUCCACUUAUUUAUUGGAUAGCAUACGCGAGACCUGCCAGCACGUGGAGGAGGUACGCAGCUAAUAUGCACCCAGUACGGCUGUGUGGACUUUUGCUUGUUGCAAACUUGUUUAAAGCAAUUGAUAAUGACAUUGCACAUAGAAAUGAGUUCAGCACAUCAUUACGAAGGGCAGCUAAAAGUCAGAUCUUUGAACUUCGGAGAUAUAAGCGAGAUACUGAUUACUUUAUGAACACUAAGCUAGGAUUCAAGGAGCUGUCGCAUGUGACAACCUCCCGACUAAAUGUUUUCCAUCUCUUAACAUUCACUGGUUCUGGAGACAGGAAAGAUAGCGGGCUUACGGACAGCAUCACAGCCGGUCGCUUCCUCUUCUCGCAGCCACAAUCUGCCUCCAAGGGCAGGCAACCUCAGUCUGACAAAGAGACGCGGACUGAGGCAGACAGGGUUGAAGCUCCAAAUUCUAAAUGCGAUGGCGGGCGUCCGAGCAUUCCAGAUGGGAUUCCUCAGGGCCACGCAGCGGCCAUUUCCCCCGCCGGCGCCCCUCUCGUGGCCAAAGGCGAACGGAGGCCGGAUCUGCAGGUACGCAAAGCCUCGGACGAGCAUCCGCGGCCGCUGAAGACCUCUUUAUACGGGGCCGGAAGCCUUCAACGUCCGCGAGUCGGAAGAACAAGCGACGGAAAGCGAUCGGUAAGAGGAAACACGAAGACGGCGAGAGAGUCGAGAAUCGUGCGGAAGGCAGAUGGCGCUCGACAGAAGCUUCCUUCAGGUGAGAGUGAGUCAAGCAAGAAAAGAAAACAGAAGCGAAAGGAUAAGAGAGCAAGAACAAAGGAAAGGCAACAAAAGAGAAGGAAUAAGGGUAAUAAGAAGACACGCAAAAAUGGUACAUCGAAAAAGGCUUCCCCCCCAAAAAAGAAAGUCAAAAAAGGCAAUUCCCAAAGGUCUAACAGAAACAAAAACAAGAAAGCAAGAGAACCAAAAGAAGAAAAGCAAAAGAAGAACAAUAAAAAUUCACAUAAAAAGAAAAUAGUUAAGUCAAGCACAAAAAAGUUAGAAGGUGAAAUACGACAGAUAUCAGACGGAAGCUGUGACGUCAGCACCAAGGUCGGAAAGGGAGAGGUGGUCGCCGUCGAGUCUCGCGCCACCAGCGAGGCAGUCGAUUGCAAACACAAGAUUCGGGCAAGCAAAGGCGCCACGCUGAAGAUGACUUGCCCGAGAUUCAGCCUGAGUCCAAGCCGGUGCAAAGAGGAGAAGGUCGUCAUCAAGGAGAUCGGAAAAGGCAAUUUCAAAAAGAAAUACUGUAAGGGUAAAAUUCCUGGCGAAGAAGUGAGCGAUGCGGGCCUUGAGGCGGUGACCCUCCUGCACCGGAGGGCGAAGCUGAAGGGCAAGCAGUGCGCCGUUGGGUUCCUGUGCCUGUUCUCGACGUCUGAGAUUUCUAGCAAAGUGAGCGAAUGUCGAGGGAAAUACAAGCUUCAAGAAGGAGAGUCGAUGAUCGUGGCUCCGUCGACGUUCAGAGAUAAGGUUUCUUGCAGAUACACCUUCAAGAGCCCUAAGGGUACGACCCUCGCCCUCAGCUGCCCUUCCUUCAACCUCAGUGAACGAGGCUGCGGGCGCGAGCGGGUCAUCGUCAGAGAGAAAAAGGCUAAAUAUAAAAAGAAAUUUUGCAAAACGAGCAAUCCAGCGAAGGAGCGCAGCCAAACGACCUCCAACCAUUUCACGAUCACUCACAAGAGGAAGAAACUCAAGGAUAAAGAGUGUGAGAGAGGAUUCUGGUGUCAAGUGUCAGUUGUCAAAGGUAAGACAGAUAUUUACCUCCGCCAAGGUGGUUAUGUUUUUGGCAGUGUUAGUUAGUUAGCAAGUUUGUUCGUUGAUUAACAAGAUAACUCAAAAUGUUAUGAAUAGAUUUUUAUG